CUCUUUUUAUCCCCUAUUUUUUAUGUUUUUUUUUUUUUUUUCUCUUCCAAGAUUUUACUCUCUCCCGCAAUCGCAUAAUUGUCCCCCUUUCCGUGUUUGAGUUUGUUCCCAGAAAACAAAAAAUGAAACUUGUCAAUUUUUGAGUUAGGGGUUUCUUAGGGUUUGAUGUUGAAGAAAAGUUUGAGAAUGUUGAGCACUUUGUCAGGUAAGUUUUGAUGGGUUAUGUUGUUAUUUGAAAAUGGAUUCCGAGUUGAUUAAAGAUUUAGGUUUUAGUUAUUUUGAGGAUGAUGGAGUUAAUUGGAAUCUGAUUUCAUGGGAUAGGGUAAAUCAGUGAUCAAGAGCUGGAAAUUAAAAAAAAAAAUCAGCCAAAAAGAAAAAUAAGCUUGAAAUUUAGUGGUUCGGUUUUUGAUUAGGUCAAUGAACGUGGAGGGGUUUGAUUCUGUUAAUUUGGCUGUUGAGAAUUGAGAAUUUAGAGUUGAAAAAGUUGAUUUUUUAAGUAAUUUUUUAUGGGUUUUUGUUAUUUGAUUCAAUAAUAAAGGGAUUUUGCAUUUCUUUCCGUUUAUGAAGAGAUUCAAGGGUUUAGGACUUUGGGGUUUUUCUUUUUUGGAAGAGUGGAGUGGUGAUGAGAAUUAGCGGGAUUCUUUUUGGAAAAGAAUAAUUGAUUGUUAUGUUGUUCUUGAAGUUUGUUUAAAGGGAAGAGGAAAUUUGGGAUUGGAGCUGGUAAAGUGUAGGGGAAAUAUCGUUUUUGUUUCAUUUUGAAUCUUGUUUUGAGCUAUAGGCUUGGAUUUUUUUAGGUAUACUUUCAGAGUUUCUCAUUGUUGAGUUGAAUUUUGGGUUUUAAUGGAUGACAUUGAAGAUGAUGCUAGAUACCCUCCAAAUCCUUAUGGUGUUAGUCACCAGCAGGGUUAUGGUUCUUCAAAUCGCCAAAAGCUUCCUGUAAGAAAUGCUCCUUAUGCUAGACCAAUUGUGAAUCAAUAUGUUGAUGAUGAUGAAGAUGAGGAGGAGGAAGAAGAUGAGGAGGAUUUGGGAGAGGAAGAGGAAAACCAUAAUCAAAACAAUGGUGUUCGGUAUGUAGGAAAAGAUAUGGAUGAUGAUGAGGAGGAGGAGGAGCUGGAUGAAGACGAGGAUGAUAACGAUGAAGGUGGUGAUAAGCAGAAAGGUUAUAAUAGAAAGAGUGAUGAGGUUGACAUGGAGAGGCACCCAAAAAAGAGGAAAUUGAAGAGUUUGGUGUCAAGUUAUGAAUUUGCUCCUCGAGUACCAGCACCAGCAGUUGCAGCUACAUCAGUGCCAAAGCCCUCAUAUGGUGGGAGGAAUUCUCUUACAGAUUGGACCGAGCGUGAGACAUUUGUUUUGCUGGAUGCAUGGGGUGACCGGUUUUUGCAACGUGGGAGGAAGAGUCUUCGGUCUGAGGAAUGGCAAGAUGUUGCAGAGAGGGUAUCAGAGGUUUCAAAGAUUGAAAGGACUGACACCCAGUGUCGUAAUCGAUUGGAUACAUUGAAGAAGAAGUAUAAGAAGGAGAAGGCUAUGCUGGCAGAGACUGGUGCUACUACUAGCAAAUGGGUUUAUUUCAAAAAGAUGGAUAUGUUAAUGACAACUCCUCCACAGCAGGGUGGACUCUCUUGUGGGUUGGACUCAGGGGAGUAUGUGUUCAUGAACCCUCGGGUUUAUUUGAACCGUGCAAAUGGUUUGGAUGAAAUGAGGGAUAGCCCAGCAAAUUCAGAAUCUGCUGAUGGUGAGGAGGAUAUCUCAGAUGGACUGCCACCUAAAAAGAGAAGAUUUGGGAGGCAAUCUGAUGAGGGUUCUUCGUUCAGAUUGCUUGCAGAUUCUAUUCAGAAAUUUAGCGAUAUAUAUGAAAAGAUUGAGAAUAGUAAAAGACAGCAGAUGUUGGAAUUGGAGAAGAUGAGAAUGGAUUUUCAUAAGGAGUUGGAAAUGCAGAAGAGGCAGAUCAUGGAGAGAGCACAGGCUGAAAUUGCAAAAAUACAGCAGGGUGAUGAUGAGGAGAAUGAUGUCUCUGCUGAGAAUGCUAGUGAGUAAUGCAUGCAAAACCCAGUUAUCUUUGUAAGGGUGGGUAGAUGUUGACUGCUAAAUGUUGUUGUAUAAUAUAUUGGGGACUUUUCCCAAUAGCUAUUGUGAACGACAAUAAUGACGCUAGACAUGCUGUAUCAGUCAAGUAGAAAAUUUUUACUGAAUUUAGAGAAGAUCAUUACUCUCAUUAUUACUUGUACUGCUUCAAUGUUAUAGUUCACUGGUGAUCCUUUUUUCCUCUA